AAACGUAAUAGCUUUGAAACUGUACUCGGGUUAUUGAGCUUCUCCAGUCUGGUAAGCUGUUAAAAAGCAGCGACAUAAACAUCACCAAAAAGGUUAAAGUGUGAUUAUUGUCAUGGCUUUCCAAGUCUGUGGAUUGCUUCGUCAGGGAAUCUACACAUCGUCGGCUGUGUUGAGUGGAGCAGUUCGAGCUCGCCUGAAAAGCUCGUGUCCGGUUCAGAUCAGCCAUCUGGAUCAUCUCGUGCUGACGGUUCGGGAUGUGAAGAAAAGCACGGAUUUCUACUCCUCAGUCCUGGGAAUGAGUGUAGUUACAUUUAAGGGAAACCGUAAGGCUCUGAGCUUUGGAGAGCAGAAAUUCAACCUGCACGAGGUUGGGAAAGAGUUUGAGCCGAAAGCCAAUAAUCCUGUGCCGGGCUCAGCAGAUCUUUGUCUCAUCACGAGGACCCCGCUGGAAACAGUCGCUGCCCAUCUGAAGGAAUGUGGCGUGAAGAUUGAGGAAGGGCCAGUCGAGAGGACGGGAGCGGUAGGCUCCAUCAAAUCCUUGUACUUCCGUGACCCUGACCACAACCUGAUCGAAGUCUCCAACUACAGUAACUAAGACUUGAACUAGAAAUUAGCAGUCUAAUUUUGGACCAAAAUCACCCAAAAGAAUGUUGAAACUUAUGAUGCUGUAAAACUUGUGAAAAUGUACUGUACAUUCUUGGUAGAUGUAAUAUUAAUCGCCCUGUACACAAUGCGUUAAAAUAAAAGGUGUGUUUGAGAAUUUA